CUGCAGACAAUGGCGCCUCAAGGCGAGGACAGCUGGUCCGCGGACGCGUACAAUAAGACCGCCUCCUUCGUCUAUUCGCCGGCAUUCACCAGCCCUGUUUUGACGCUCCUGGACGCCCAGCCAGGCGAAAGGAUCAUUGACUUCGGCUGCGGUAGUGGCGAGGUAACCCUGGAGCUCCAAAAAACCGUUGGCACCGGAGGUCUUGUAGUAGGCUCCGACAGCAGCGAGAGUAUGAUCGCCAAGUCAAAGGCAAAUGGGCUUCAGCACGCGUUAGUGGCGGACGCACAGUCCAUACAGUUCCCGCCAGACUGGGACACGACCAAGGAGUUUGACGCCGUAUUCUCAAAUGCCGCCUUGCACUGGUGCAAGCGCGACCCAGCCGGAGUCUUGGGAAGCGCCAAGAGCGUUCUCAAACCUGGGGGCCGGUUCGUGGCGGAGAUGGGCGGGUUCACCAACUGCGUCGGCGUGCGCGCUGCUCUUCACCAUGUCUUGCACAAAAGGGGCUAUGAUCCAGAUGCGCUCGAUCCAUGGUAUUUCCCCUCGCCAGCAAGCUAUAAGCGCUUGCUGGAGUCGUCUGGCUUCGAGGUCGUUGAGAUCACCCUCAACCCGCGCUUCACGCCUCUUAACGGGCCCUUGGUUGAUUGGCUGAGGUUGUUCUGUAGGACUUCGUGGUUGGCUGCAAUAGACAAUAAGGAGGCCGAAGAGAUCAUGUAUGAGGUCCAGGACAUGUGUAGGGUGGAUUGCAUGGACAGCGACGGCAACUGGGCGAUAAUGUAUACAAGAUUGAGAUUCAAGGCUGUUCUACCACAAUGAAGUGGUCCAUUUUAUGUAGAGAACAGGGUAUAUAUGUGUUUGUGUCCA